AUGGAUCCCCAUGGCUUCCUCAAUGAGGAUGUGGAAGAGGAAAAUCUUUUAUCUUUCUCUACGCUUCGAAGACAUGCAAGGGCCUUGAUGAUUAGCCCAGAAGAACCCGCUACGAGCGAGCCUGUUCCAUCAUUAUACCACACAUCUGAAGAGCCAACCUACGCAACCGAGCCUGAUUUUGAUCCAUAUGAGGCUUCCCCGCAUUUCGACCAUACCGUGCAAAGCAGUGAAGCAAUACUCUGCGGUAAGACUGGGGGCAUUUUACCCGGAUUUUGA